AGCAGUUCCUCUACACAGAAUGCUUGUAUAUGUGUGUUAAAAGACAAACUUUUUCUUCUUCUUUCAGUAUCGGAUCUGUUGGUCCAAGUCCAGCUUUAAAAUGUUCGGACACAACCAAGGAAACCAGUACCCUCCUGGUUACCCAAACCAUCCUCAGCAGAUGCCAGGGGGAUACCCUCAGCAUCCUCCAGGCACUGCCCCACCACACUACCCCCCUCAGCCCGGAUACGGACCUGGACCUGGCUAUGGUCAGGGCCAAGGACACGGACCUGGACCUGGCUACGGUCCGGGCCAAGGACACGGACCUGGACCUGGCUACGGUCCGGGCCAAGGACACGGACCUGGACCUGGCUACGGUCCGGGCCAAGGACAGUGCCAUGGACCUGGACAUGGACCUGGACACGGUCACGGACAUGGACCUGGACACGGACAUGGACCUGGACCAGGACAUGGACAGUGCCAUGGACAGGGCCAUGGACAUGGACACGGACAUGGGCAUAAGCACAAGCAUAAGCAUGGUCACAAGCAUGAUCAUUGUCACAAGAAAGGAAAGGACAGUCAUGGGUGCUCCAGCAGCUCCUGCAGCAGCGACUCGGACUAGAUGACGAUUCCUGAAGGAGAAAGAGAAACGAGACAAGUUUGCACCUGGAAACCUCCAUCUUCUGACCAUAUAUCUUAUAACCAACAUGUUACUGCCUAAAUGUGUCUUUACAUCUAAUCUUUUACCUAAAAAUUUAACCAGAGUCAUUGAUUCUUUAGGCAUCCAGGAUCCAACGAUGCUGGAUAUUUGAAAAUUAUUUUAGAAUGUUAUGAUGUUAUGACUUUAAAUGGUUUGACUUUGUAUCAUCUUUUCAUAACAUUUCAAAGUUUUGGUGUAAAAGACACAUUACAGUCAU